AUGGCUGCUCGUACUGCUCGUGAUACUGACGAGAACAACACCAACGGGGAAGAAGAAAGUUGUUACGACAUCUUGGGCGUCUCGCCGCAAGCCUCGGAGAAGGAGAUCAGAAAAGCCUACCGGUUGUUGGCGCUGAAAUAUCACCCGGAUAAGUAUCGAGGACCAUCCGACGAUGAGAAGAAGAAAGCUGAUGUGGCGAAGAAAUUCGCGUCGAUGACGGUCGCGUUUGACUGCCUCUCGGACCCGCUGAAAAGGCUGAAAUACGACCGAGAAAACGCAGUCAACGGGUUAGAAAAAUCGGACGUUUUGAUCAACGUGACGUUCAAGGAAAGCAUAAACGGAUGCACGAAGUUAGCCAUGGUACCGUUUAAGACGGUGUGCGUGAAAUGUAACGGAACCGGGAAGGGAGGCGUCGCGUGCGCGAACUGCACGGUACUCACCCGCGGGAGCUGCCGGACGUGUUUUGGUAAAGGCGUUCUCGGUAAUAACGGAGGUACCAUGAACGAAGAUGAGAUAUGUAAGAAGUGUAAAGGCAUUGGUGCCGUGGACGAUUUCUUCCAAAAUCGAGUGGAAGUGCCGAAAAAUCCAAAGCAAAACCAACGCGUGAAGAUUCAAGGACGCGAGACGUACGCGGUUAUUUAUACCAUGCCUUCGAAAAAGUUUCGAAAGUGCCACUCGAACGAACACGACGUGAGAACAACAUUACAGUUGACCGCUUUAGAGGCUAAAGAGGGUGGUUUUUUCGAAGUAGAAACGUUGCACGGGAAAGAAACCGUGUACGUCGAAGACGGGACGGAGGACGGCGCGGAGAAAAUCUUGGAAAAGCAAGGGAUCGAAAAGAAAGGAAACCAAAUCGUCUCGAUCGAGGUUUUACCUCCUCCGGUGGUCGAAGAAGACAAAGAAGAAGAAGGGAACGAAGAAGAGGGAGAGGAGAAAGGAGGUGAAAAAAGAAAAGCAGAUUUGGAAGAAGAAGAAGAAGAAGACGUCCAAAAGCUUCUCGCCGAGAAGAAGCGGAAACUGUUGGAAAAGCUAAACUCCUCGUGA